GCCAGACCUGCAUGUGGUGCUAGUAUUAGUCACUUCAUAGCAAAAGUUCCAACACAUCUGGACCCGUGUUUACAGCUGAAUAACAAUCCAUUGUGCAAAGAGAAGAUCAUCAUCGCUCUCUCAUUGGCAGAUGAUGAUUCGUGCUAAGCAAGAAAGUCUGCAGAGAAUAUUCAUCGAAAGGGGAAAGCAAUUUGGGACCAGUGGAAUGGCGACAAAUGCGGCCAUCACUAUGCAUGACAUGGCAAAUGCAGAAACGUUUAAAGCCAUUCUCACAAUUGACAUCAAAUGCUGAUUCGCGUCACCUGAAUUGCACUUCUCAGAUUUGUUUUUGUACAUUUAAUUUGUGAAUUUUCGUACCUCUUGUUCUUCUUGCUCUCCAUAAAUAUAC